CCGCCACCUCUCGAUCGUCCUCUCUCGGUGCCUCACAAUCAUCCUCAGCCAUGGAUCACGGACGCGACCCCUGCCCUUGGGUCAUUCUCAAUGACUUUGGCGGUGCCUUUGCCAUGGGUGCCAUCGGUGGAACCAUCUGGCACGGCAUCAAGGGUUUCCGAAACUCUCCCUACGGCGAGCGUCGAAUCGGUGCCAUCACCGCCGUCAAGAUGCGAGCGCCUGUCUUGGGCGGUAACUUCGGUGUCUGGGGUGGUCUCUUCUCAACUUUUGACUGCACCGUCAAGGGCAUCCGCAAGAAGGAGGAUCCUUACAACGCCAUCAUUGCGGGUUUCUUCACCGGUGGUUCCCUUGCCUUCCGUGGUGGUGUCAAGGCUGCCCGAAACAACGCCAUUGGCUGCGCCGUCCUGCUGGCCGUCAUUGAGGGUGUUGGUAUUGCCUUUGGAAAGAUGAUGGCCGGAUCAACUAAGCUGGAGAUGCCCCAGCCGCCCCCGAACUCGGAAGUCCAGGCUUUGUAAACGACGAGCGAAAGAAAAUAUUGCCUGAAACGAAACAAAAAGAACGAAGAUCGAAUUUUAUCGACUUUAUGCCUCUCAACUCUGCCUUUUAUUCUUAAAUGUCUUUUAUUCGGCUUUACUGGUCUUGGUUUUUUUUAUGGCCUUAACGCCCAACUAUAUUGUUUCCUCUCCCUGUUGACUCUGCGGCGCCAGAGACGCAUCGAGGGCGAGAACCCACUUGAAAACGAACAAGGAGAAGGAAAAUCUGGGAGGAACGAAACCUGAGAAAGGAAACCGAUAUCUAUGGAUAAUCUGCAAACCGCAUCGCACAGGCGUUUUCCGUGAAUUAUAGAUAUGGAGGGAAAUACCAAUGGGCUCUCUACCUGGGUCUGCAAAGGAAUUUCAAAACAAGGGAACAAGCGAAUUCAGGGUAAAUGGACCUUGUUGCUUGGGUAACAAAGAAGAAGUCGGUGUUGGUGAGAUGAUUACAUGUAUGAAUAUAUACAAAGGAAGAAAGCUGGCUGGGACAAGAUGAGACGAGGUCAGUCUCACGCCGCUUGUGUACAAUUUGUUCCUGGAGGAAUGGCCUGGUGAUGGCCUGCAUCACUUCUAAUCCAACAAAUAACAAGGAAUGAAUUGAAUAGGGAUAUUUUCCUUA